GGCGAUAUUUCUUAACCUCUUAAAAUUUUUAGAUGACUCAAAAUGUAUUAUUUGAAGAGGAAAUAGCAAAGAUUCGCUCACAAAAUGGCUCUAUAAAUAGUCGUCAGAAGCUGAUUGCAAAUUUAUUGCUUGGAAUAGAAGAAACACUACGUAAUGAGAACUCGCAGGGAAAUAUUACAGGGUAUUUUGCAUCUCUUCUGGUACUUUUAGAAGAAUCAUUAUCAAAUACGAAUAAUAGUGAAGUUAUAUAUUCAAUACUUUAUCUUCUUGAUUUAGUGGUUCGUUUUAUAAGUGCGGCUUUAAUUCGUUCUAAAUAUGAUCGAAUAUCAUCGCUUUUGAGUUCUGUUUUAACAUGUUCUGGAAUGAGCUCGUCAACAUUACGUUAUACAAUUAGUUGUAUACAAAAUGUUUUAAUUGUUCAAGAAAACUCUACGUGGACGAGUCCUAAUAAUAAUAUAAAGCCUAUAUUUAGUUGUUUAUUAAUAUUGAGUAUGGAUUCUAGGCCUAAAAUUAGGAAAAGAUCACAGGAAGCAAUAAGUAAGAUCUUGGCGCAUCCGCCUCCAAGUCCAUUAAUAAUACAUCCAAUUCUUGAUUUUUCAUUGAGGGAAACAUUUAAUAUAUUAAAAAAGUCUCUUUUAGAAGUAAAAGAGGGUGUAGGAUACAAAAAUAAAAAAAAUGAUUAUUCAAAAGUGAUUUAUAGUUUUCAGCUUUUGAAAACUAUUGUAGAUGCAGGUGGAUGUCCAGCAUCUAAAAGUGAGGUGCUUUGUUCUAUUUUGGCGGAAAUUUUGGAAACUAAAGAUGUAUAUUUGAUUAUGAUAGCUUUUGAUGUAUUUCUUGUUAUAUUUAAAAAAUCAAUUUUUGAACCAGAAAGACUAUAUGGUAUUUUGGAGUUGAUAUUAAGAAAAAAGCCUUCAGAAAAAGACAUUAUGUUAUUACCUCUGUGGUUUUCUGUGAUAGCUACUGGAUUUGAAUCUUACUACCAAUCUGAGCCAUAUGCUACAUUCAAAUUUCUUCCUCAAUUGUUUACGAAUAUAUUUCCUUUUCUUAAGUCAGAUUCUUUUGAAAUCAGGAUUUCUUGUAGUGAAAUUUUAGUAAAAUUAAUUGCAAAUUGUAUUCCUAAUGAUAUUGGACAAGAUAAUGAAGUAGUAGUUGAAUUAACUAAGAUAACUAUGCAAGGAUUUACGUUGAAUUAUCGAGUAGCUUGGAAAGAAAUAUUUAAAAUAUUAAUAGCUUUUUUUAAAUAUCUUCCUUCUUAUAUUGAUCCUUAUUUUAUGGAUGCCAUAAAAUUAAUAGGUGAUAUGCGUGAAAGGGAUGAAUUUAAUGAAAAGACAGAAGCAGAUAAAGUUAUUGGCUUUGCUGUUAAAGCAAUUGGUCCAAAAACUAUUUUGGAAAUUCUACCAUUAAAUCUUGAUCAAGAAAGUGAGAAAUUUCCUAAGAGAGAAUGGAUGUUAGCAGUAUUACGGUCUAAUAUUUAUAAUACAGAAUUGCAACAUUUUAUAUCAGAAUUUAUUCCUCUCUCUGAAAAAUUAUAUCAGAAGUUAUUAGAAAAUAAGGAUUCUCAAGGAGAAAAGGAUUCUAGAAUUUAUAUUGAGCAAAUAUGGUCCCUUUUCCCUAGUUAUUGUAAUUUUCCUUUGGAUCUUGAAACAGCAUUUAAUCAAGACUUUGUUCAGUUAUUGAUAUCAUUAUUUUCUAAUCAGGCGAGUCUUAGAUCAAUAAUUUGUCAAGGGUUGCAAACACUUGUUAAUAAGAAUAAAGAUUUAAUUGACAAUGAUUAUUUUGAUGAAGAACUUAAAUACAAAUCUCCCAUUACAAAAUCAGAUGCUGAAAGAAAUUUGGCUCAUUUACAAAAAUUUAUAUCUGAUAUACUUUCUGCACUUUUUAACGUUUAUAGUCAAACACAAUCUCAGUUUAGAGAAUAUAUAUUAUUAUGCAUAAAAUCAUGGUUAUCUAUUACAAGUAAAGAGGAGAUUAUAAAUAUUUUUAAUAGAGUUAUUGAAUUAUUAUCACAAUCUUUAAAGGAAAACUUGCUACCAAAUCCUAAUAAAGAUCUAACUUCUAUGUCAUAUACAAUGUUAGAUCUUUUAGCUGUUAUGAUUGUUUAUCUUCCAGCUGAUACAAGCUUACAGCUUUAUGAUAUAGUUAAGUCUCAAAUUUUAAAUGAAUCAAAUCAUAUUCUUCAAAAAAAGGCGUAUAACUUAUUUUGUAAAAUGGCUGAGAAUUUAUCUAUUAAAGUAUUUCUGGAAAAUAAUAUAGAGGAAUUACAGAAAUUAUUUCUUGAGAAUGUGACAAAAAUACAAGGUUCUGUAAAAAAGCAUCGUUUCUAUGCAUUAUAUCAUAUAAUAAAUAUGCUUCUACCUAAGGAUUUGCAUUUUAUAUCAUUGAUAUUGCCAGAACUAAUAAUGGGAACAAAAGAAACAAAUAAAAAAGCUAGAACUAUGGCACACAGUCUUUUGAUUUUGAUUGGAAAUAGGAUAUUAAAAGAAUAUACUAUUGAAAAUAAUGAAAUAUCGGAGAUGAAUGAUAAUGUAUCUGAUAUUAAAGCUAAUAUUGAGGGAUUUUUUACUAUGGUUUCAAGUGGAUUACUUGGGAAUUCCCCGAAUAUGAUUAGUGCGACUAUUGUAUCAAUUACUAAACUUUUAUAUGAAUUUAAAGACGUAUUAAAUUUAGAUUUUAUUUCCAAGUUGUUGGAUACAGUAUAUGUAUAUAUUAUUUCAGAUAAUCAUGAGAUUGCAAAAUCUGUUUUGGGAUUUGUUAAAAUGACUAUCGCAUCUCUUCCUACAAUUAUUAUAGAAGAACGUUUACCCAUGUUGAUAUCUAAUCUUAUGGUUUGGGUUCAUAAGAAUAAAGGUCAUUUUAAAGCGAAAGUUAAGAAUAUUAUAGAAAGAAUGAUAAGACGUUAUGGAUAUGAAACUAUUGAGAAAGAAAUUCCAAAUGAAGAUAAAAAAUUGAUCAUAAAUAUUAAAAAAACAAAAGAACGUCUUAUAAGAAAGAAAAUAGCUAAAGAAAAUAUAUCUGGAAAUUCUACGUUAAAUAAUAAACAUAGCAAUUUCAACUAUGAAUACGAAACAUAUAAAAAUGAGGAUAGUGAUUCUGAUAUUUCUUUUCUCGUUAAUGAUUCUGAUUCUAAAAAUAAAGGAAUUUCUAAAAAACAAACACUUAUUAAAAAGGUUGAUGAUGAAUUGAUUGAUCUUUUAGAUAAAAAUUCCUUAAUUAAUAUCAUAAAUAUAAAUUCUAAGGAUCAAAAAAAGACGACAAAAAAGAAGCCUAUAUCUAUGCAAUUUAAAGUUGAUAAUAAUGGAAAAAUUAUUAUUGAAGAUCUUGAUAAAAUUCAUUUAGAAAAGCUAAAGUCUAAUUUAAUAAAGGGUAAAGAUAAAAAUCUUCAAAAACAAUCAAAUAAAAUACAAUCCAAAAGGAAAAAAGAAAGUGAUGAUGAUGAUAGUACUGAUACAGAGAAUAUUACAAAAAAAUGCUCAUUUUCAAUAAAUAAACGAAAAGUAAAAGGUAUUCGAAACUCUAAACGUGUUAAACGAAGAUUUAUUAAAUAACAUAUUUAUACAUAAAACUAAAUUGUUUCUUUAAUAUAUAGCUAUU